AUGUGGAAGCUGGUCCCGGCCGCGGGCCCUGCCCGAGAACCAUACAGACUUUUGACUGGUGUUGAGUACAUCGUUGGAAGAAAAAACUGUGGCAUUCUAAUUGAAAAUGAUCAAUCGAUCAGUCGAAAUCAUGCUACAUUAACCUCUAACUUUUCUGUAACCAACCUGAGUCAAACAAAUGAAAUUCCUGUACUGACAAUAAAAGAUAAUUCUAAGUAUGGUACCUUUGUUAAUGAGGAGAAAAUGCAGAAUGGUGUUUCUCAAAUUUUGAAGUCAGGGGAUAGAGUUACCUUCGGAGUGUUUGAAAGUAAAUUCAGAGUAGAGUAUGAACCUUUGGUUGCAUGCUCUUCUUGUUUAGAUGUCUCUGGAAAAACUGCUUUAAGUCAUGCCAUAUUGCAACUCGGAGGACUUACUGUAAACAAUUGGACAGAGGAAUGUACUCACCUUGUCAUGGUAUCAGUUAAAGUUACCAUUAAAACAAUAUGUGCACUCAUUUGUGGGCGUCCGAUUGUAAAACCAGAAUAUUUUACUGAAUUUCUGAAAGCAAUUCAGUCCAAGAAACAACUUCCAAAAAUUGAAAGUUUUUACCCACCUGUUGAUGAACCAGCUAUUGAAAGUAAAAAUAUUGAUCUAUCAGGACGCCAGGAAAGAAAACAAAUCUUCAAAGGGAAAACAUUUGUCUUUCUAAAUGCCAAGCAGCAUAAAAAAUUAAGUGCAGCAGUUAUAUUUGGAGGAGGAGAUGCUAGGUUGAUAACAGAAGAAAAUAAAGAAGAUGAUAGUUUCUUUUCAGCUCCUGGAACUUGUGUUGUUGAUGCAGGACUAACAGAUUCACAGACUUUAAUUCCUGACUCUCAGAAAAAAUGGAUUCAUUCAAUUAUGGAUAUACUCCAAAGGAAGGGUCUUAGACCUAUUCCAGAAGCAGAAAUUGGAUUAGCAGUUAUUUUUGUUACUACAGAGAAUUACUGUGAUCCACAGGGCCAACCCAAUACAGGAUUGAAGACAACAACUCCAGGUCCAAGCCUUUCCCAAGCCUUACCAGCUAAUGAAAAUUUAAUGCCAAAUGCCUCAGUGAAUACUACAACAUAUGUAGCUGACACAGAAUCAGAACAAGCAGAUACACGUAUGGAUUUGAGUGAAAGACCAAAAGAAAUGAAAGUAUUUGGAAUGGAACCAAAAUGUAGAGUACUUUCACAAGAAACGUCCACUGUGAAGAAACCCCACAAAAUAAGCUCUAACAAUAAUAUAGUGUCAAAUACUCUGGUUAGGAUGAAAAUCCCAGACUAUCAGCUUUCACCGACUAAAUUCCCACAUGUAAAUAAAAGUAGAGGUUGGCCUUCUCAGCAUCGGCAAACCAACUCCAUCAAAGACUAUUUUCAGCCGCUUACCUCUCCCAAAAAAAGGGAAAGGGAUGAAGAAAAUCAAGAAAUGUCUUUAUCCAAAUCAGCAAGAAUGGAAAUGUCUUGUUCUCUUUUAGAACAAACACAACCAACUACAUCGUCGAUAAGGAAAAAUAAGGAUGAACACCUAUCUCAGAAUGUGCUUGUGGAAAAAAACCCAGAUAAUUCAUAUGCAGAUACCAAUUUAAAACCCACUGUGAAAAAUUAUGCCAAUGAGUCUCUUUUUACAGAAAAACUAAAAUCAAAAAAAAGAAAAGAAAUUGAUGAUUUAGCCAUAGAAGAUGAAGUAUUAGAACAGUUAUUCAAGGAAACAGAACUAGAGUUAGAAAGCGAAGUGAAAGUUCAAAAACAAGAAGAAGAUAUCAGUGUUAGAAAAAGGCCAAGAUUGGAUAUAGAAACAAAUGUCACUUUUAAUGAUGAAACAAUACCAGAAAGUAACAAGAUAUCUCAAGAAAAUGAAAUUGAGAAGAAGUGUGAGCUCAAGAAAGAAUCACUCUGGUCAACUAAAGAACUAUCUAACAAUGGUGAACUUCAGGAUGGUAAUGAGAUGCUUCCGAGGAAAGUGUUACUGACUGAAUUUCGUUCACUGGUGGUGCGUAACUCCACCUCCAGAAAUGCAUCCAGUGUGAAUAAUGAUUAUGGUGAACUAAAGAAUUUCAAGAAAUUCAAAAAGGUCACAUUUCCUGGAGCAGGAAAACUUCCACACAUCAUUGGAGGAUCAGAUCUAAUAGCUCAUCAUGCUCGAAAGAAUACAGAAUUAGAAGAGUGGUUGAGGCAAGAAAUGGAGGUUCAAAAUCAACAUGCAAAAGAAGACUCUCUUGCUGAUGACCUCUUUAGAUACAAUCCUAAUGUUAAAAGGAGAAGAUAA